AUGGCAAUUACCGACGGGGCGCUCCGCGGCCGUCCCUUCCCCUCCUCUUGCCUCUGCUUCGCCGCUUUCUCUCGCGUGUGCGCUAAGCGAGGGAUGUACGGCGGUGGCCCGGCGCCCGCGGCACGGAAGCUCCCCGCCCCUCUCCUUGCGCAGCACCCGGCCUCCCGCGCCGGGAGGUUGGGCAGCGCCUCCUCGCCGCCGGGAGCCCCGCUCGGGGUGCGCAUCCCGCAGGCGGCUUUAAAAGAAAACCCCAAAAAAUCCACCACCGGGUUCCUGAUGGAAGUUAUGCUGCUGAUAAUGGCUGGAACCAGAGCAGAGGACUGCAGGGAGGGAGAAUACUUAAAUGAAGGUCUCUGCUGCCUGUCUUGUCCAGCAGGUACUUACGUUGCUCAGCACUGCAGCGCUUCGCAUUUGAGAGGAAGGUGCAUCCCUUGCAUCGAAGGAGAGGGUUAUACCGCCCAUGAGAACGGCUUGGAAGAAUGCUUGCCGUGCAGGCAGUGCAAAGAGGAUCAGAUAACUUUGAGACCCUGUACUCUGAUGCAUGAUACUGAAUGCCAAUGCAAACAAGGGUAUUUCUGCCCUGUUGAGGGCUGUGAAAUAUGUCAGAGAUGCAGUACAAUGUGUCCAGAAGGGAAAGAAAUUGUGCAGAAUUGCAACGCUACUAUGGACCUAGGAUGUGGCUUACCUGAUCAAGGAAGCACGGCUAUUGUUUGUGUUAUCGUGAUUAUUUUGGUGGUUGUUGUUGGUGGUUUGGUGCUGUUCUUUGUAUGUAGAAAGCUGAAGAGUGACAAAGCUGCUUCAACUGACAAAGAUGCAGAGAAAGGUCUGGAGUCUGAGGGCAGUACUGAAAGCCUCAUUUUACCAGAAGUGGAGACACCUGCAAAUAACGCAGCCAACCCAGAGGGUGAGAACUCCGGUGAGAGCCCAGAGGCCCAAGCACAAACCAGCAUUAACUUGGAAGACACAUCACCAGAGAAAGUACGAGAACCAAAGUGUCGAAUAAUUGUUAAAGAUCUCUCUCAAAAAGAACUGAGAGAUAGCUUUGGGGCCUUUAUAAAUGAAGUACCACCGAAAAAAUGGAAGCGGCUUAUGAGAACUCAUCUGCAGGAAAAUGAUAUUGUUAAAAUUAUUUAUGACUUUCCUAAUGAUAUAGAAGAGCAAUUUUAUCAGAUGCUUCUCAUGUGGAAAAACACACUGGGAGAGAAACAAUGUAUUAUUAAGUUACUGGAUGAGUUAAGGUGUCUCGAUACCAAGGCUUAUGAUAACGUAUUGAACACUUUAAAAAGUAAUAACAUUAUAAGUAAAUUAGAAGCUACAGAUUAA